GCCCGUCCCUCCGCUCCGCCCGCUCUGGCCGCGAUCCCGGUGCCCCUCCCGCCCGUCGCUUGGUUGCGGCGGCGCUUCCGUCCGCGGGGCCGGCCGAAAUGGCGGCGGCCACCGCAGCCUUCUCCCUCUCCUCCGCCUCCUCCUCCUCUGCCACGCUAUUGCGCCCGGGCUGGGCUCCCCUGAGGCGGUGGCGAACCCUCAUCCGCAGCAUCAGCGGCUCCCCUCGCAGCGCCGCCAGCGACGAAGCAACCGUUAUCUCAGGGACAAAACUUGCACACCAGGUUUUGAAAGAAGUUCGAAGGGAUGUGGAGUUGUGGAUAUCUGCUGGGAACCAGAGGCCUCACCUCACUGUCAUAUUGGUAGGAGACAAUCCAGCCAGUCACAUCUAUGUCAGGAACAAGAUAAAAGCAGCUGCUGCUGUGGGCAUUUCUAGUGAGAUCAUACUGAGGCCUAAAGACAUUUCACAGGAAGAACUCUUGGAUAUGACAGUACAACUUAACAAGGAUUCCAGAGUUAGUGGUUUAUUAGUUCAGCUACCUCUCCCAGAUCACAUAGACGAGCGGACGGUCUGUGACGCCAUCGCCCCUGACAAGGACGUGGAUGGGUUCCAUAUCGUGAACGUUGGACGGCUGUGUCUCGACCAGCCUUCCAUAAUCCCUGCCACCGCUGCUGCUGUCUGGGAGAUCAUAAAACAGACGGGAAUACAAACAUUUGGAAAAAAUGUUCUUGUAGCUGGAAGAUCCAAAAAUGUUGGAAUGCCUAUUGCAAUGCUUUUACAUACUGAUGGAAAACACAAAAGGCCUGGAGGUGAUGCUACAGUGACCAUUACUCACAGACACACCCCAAAAGAGCAGCUCAAGAUCCAUACACAGCUUGCUGACAUAGUAAUAGUUGCUGCAGGUAUCCCAAAGUUGAUUACAACUGAUAUGGUCAAAGAAGGUGCUGCUGUGAUUGACGUAGGCAUCAACCAUAUCCACGAUCCCCUUACAGGAAAAACCAAGUUAGUUGGGGAUGUGGACUUUGAAGUAGAUUAUACAGAGCAGCCAAAGCUCUUGAAGCUGAUGCAGACCUGCCUUGAAGAACACCACAGCUAUUGUAUCAAUGGGCUCUGUGCCUUCCACAGCGAACUGAGGAAGCCCAUAUGCAAGUGCCUUGCAGGUUAUAAUGGAGAGAGGUGUGAACAUUUAACACUAAAUUCAUAUGCACAUAAUUCUUACGAGCGCUACAUUGCUGUGGGGAUUGGUAUAGGAAUACUGACCAGUGGAAUACUUGCCAUCAUCUACUACUACGUAAGAAAGAGAUGCAGGAAACUGAAAUCACCCUACAAGUUGUGCGUGGGUGAGACGGCGUUGUGAAGCCCCAGUGCUGGAACACUCACCAAGUUGCCUGCUGAGGAGGAAGGCUCCCUGCACCAUCGGACAGGUACCCCGGCCUGGCUGAGGAGAUGAGCUCAAGGGAACGGCAGAGGAGCGCCAAGGGAACUCCCGCAGGACUGACAGGCUCUGUGUGUUGUUGAAGAAAGACUUGCUCUCUUGGGUGAGGGUGGAGCAUGCUGAGGUCCAAGCAGCUGAGGACACUGGCAGGCCUCUGGGCACUAUCCUGUGCCCAGUGUUUGCCAUGGGGAGGACUGGUUGGUUUUAGCAGUUUUCAAUCAUUUCAAGCACUUGUACAGUGUUUUGUUUUGGUCUCUUGUGUGUUUUGUUUGUUUUUUGUUUUUUUUUUCCUUUUUUUUUUUCUUCUCUGGAGGAUAAGCACCACUUCCCUCACAGCGGAGCUGUAUUCUGGACAUCAUGCACUGACAACUGACCGUUGGGGUUCUGAUUUUGGUGUCUGCUGGCUGUGUAUGUGGAUAAACAGCCCUCUCCCAAUCCAAUGGUUAUCUUUGGUGUGCUGGGCCAAACACGGGCUUCUGGUGCCGUAAAGGACAACAAAUGCUUUGGACUGAGGAAAAUGACUGGUUCUCAAAACCAUCCUUAAAUUAGAAUAUAGAGAGUAAGCAAUUCCUGAAAAAUCAGACCAUGACACCUCUGGGCAUGGUGUGUUUUUAUUAUUUUCAUAAGCAAAGCAACCAGACGCCUUUCUCAAAAUGGAUUAUGGAGCAUGCUUGUGACAAGGAGCUCUCCUCUUCCCAAACAUCUUAAGGCAACUCCUUAGUUCCAUGGAAUUUCAGGCAGAACAUUGCCUUGCUGCACCCUGAUUUCUGCACAAGGCUUCAAUUGCUAGAGAAGCUGCAAUUUUGUUAUGAAACUUCACUACAGUUUUUUUCCCAGGAAACAGACUUUUCUCUGUUCCAUUUGCACAUUAUGGAGACAAUGUGACCACUCAAAUAAGAAAGAAAUUAUUUUAGGGAUUUGGUUCCAUCAUGGACUAACAGAUUGCAUAUCGGAUGCUUGGUUCCAUUCAUCUUAUCUACAAAGAAUUGGGAAGGUACAAAGAUUUGGUUCAAGGAAGAGGGAAGCAAAUGGGUUCUGAAGAUGAUGACGCUACCUGAGAUGUCUCACUGCAAGCUGGAGUGUUUGUCAGUGCUGAUGUGACUAGAGAUGGCUCCCAGAGAUUUUCAUUUCAGCUGUUGCACAUUGUAGACUCAUCUGCUGUGCUCGGCCAUCUACCAGAGAAAGGCAAUUGGUACUUUGAGGUCUUGUGGAGUAAUAUUGGCUCCUAAAUUAAGGUGCCCUGCUGAAAGCUCAGUUUCUUUGUUUUGUGAGUUAAUUUUCACAACAAGGAUGGAUGUUGUUCAUUGAAAAAAAGUGUAUUUGUAAGACUAUGGUGGCAAUGCUGAAAUGUGUAUGAAAGGUGGGGUUUGAAAGGGUAAAGAUGCAUGUGGCACUUGAAUGGUUUGAAGCUCAGGGGGCUUCUCAUGUGGGCAUCCUGAUCAGUAGCUGAGCCAUCUUGGUUCUGUGAUACUAGUAAAUAAAAUGGCACAUCACACACUG